GUGAAAGGAACAAGGAGGAGCCACAGCACUGCAAUGAACGAAAGCACGCGUUUGUACCAAGGGAACCAUUCAAGACAUAUGCUCUGCUCCGCCACAGUUUACCAUUCAUAAUUCCCCCUCCUUCUCUGUCUCUCUCCCUCUCGCGCUUGCUCGCUUGCUGGCCUGCGUCUGGCCAUCAAGCGAUUGCACGCCACGGCUGGCUGCUCCGACCGCCUGAGUCGGUUUUUUCGUGGAGAUUUGACGCAGUGGAGGACGUUUGUUCGGUUUCGGUGCAAGUAGAUCUUACUAUUUAGGAGUGAUCCGACUUGAAGCGAGGGCGAGUGGUUCUUUCGCCGAGGGCGUGUAACGACAAGCUUUGUGGUUAAUUAGGUAUUGAUUUUGUGGGCGGGAUUUGUACGCAACACUGCACUGUAUCAACAUCCAUCAAUACUCUCGGAGACGAAGUUCACUCCAGCUCAUCUGAUCUGGUUAUUCAUGGCAGCGUGUUGUGUGUAACAGAAGACCGACGCUUUUUUCCGUAUAAAUUGCUGUGUACCUACAGCCCCUGCCAGAUUGGAGAGCCAGUUCUUAGAAAAUAGCAGCCAUGAUGAGCUCAGUGAAAGCGAACAUGGAGCCUCCAGUUGAAAAGAAAGAGGAGAAGAAAGCAGUUUCAGAUGUGGGAGCUUGGGCCAUGAAUAUUAUCAGCUCUGUUGGUAUUAUCAUGGCUAAUAAACAAGUUAUGUCGAAAGGAGGUUACGACUUCAGAUUUGCAACAACUUUGACGGCGUUCCACUUCGCCGUGACGGCAGGAGUGGGUUACGUGUCUUCUGCAAUGGGCUACUCUGUCUCAAAGCAUGUGCCAUUCAAGGAUUUGUUUCUGUUCUCCUUGGUGUCCAACACAUCUAUUGUUUCUAUGAACCUGAGUCUUAUGCUAAAUUCUGUCGGCUUCUACCAGAUCGCUAAAUUGAGUAUGAUACCCACUGUGAGCAUUCUAGAGUGGAUAAUUCACAACAAGAACUACACAAGGGAGGUCAAGAUCUCCAUAUUUAUAGUUAUGAUUGGGGUUGGCGUCUGCACUGUGACAGACGUUAGUGUUAAUCUUAAGGGAUUUUUAGCAGCUGUUACUGCAGUAAUUUCUACUUCACUCCAACAGAUUUACAUUGGUGCACUGCAAAAGAAGCACAGUUGUGGCUCUUUCGAACUUUUAAGCAAGACCGCACCUAUUCAAGCUGCGUCGUUGAUAAUCCUUGGUCCCUAUGUUGACUACUUCCUCAAUGGCCGCAACAUUUUGGACUAUUCCUACAGCAUUGGAGCUGUGAUGUUUAUAUUGCUCUCAUGCGUUCUUGCUGUAUUCUGCAACAUCAGCCAGUAUUUGUGUAUCGGGAGAUUCUCUGCAGUCACAUUCCAGGUUCUGGGACACAUGAAGACUGUUUGCGUCCUACUUUUGGGAUGGAUUCUUUUUGAUUCAGUGUUAACCGGGAAGAACUUAAUGGGCAUGUUCAUGGCAAUAGUAGGAAUGAUCACCUACAGCUGGGCCGUGGAAUUUGCCAAGGCACAAGCAGCUAAAGCCGCUUCUGUUAAAACUGUAGAGCCCAACGCAUCGGAAGAGGAAGUUAGCUCGUUAUUGAAAGGUGACUUGGAAUUAGGGAAGUCGGACAAGUACUGAGCAGAUUCUGACUAGGACAGUUACCAUCGGAGGGGCUUGCGUUUUUGAAACGCCCUCACCAAGACCAUUUCCUGCUUGGAGACCGUAUAUUAAAGUCGGAAGACUGAAGACCUUAUUCAGCUUACGCUUGGAAACACUGGAAAAUAGCCAUUUCAGUAAUCAUCAUUGUAGUUAGAGUGUGGGGACAGUUCCAUUCCUCAUUCUAUCGUCUCGCUGGGAGCACGAGGCUGGAGUUAGUUAGCUCCUUUUUUGAUCAUGCCGAUUUCCUCGCAAUCAAUUAUUUAUUCAUUUCUUCCACGGAAGCCACUGUC